GUCCCGGAAGUGAUGGGGGCGGGGCGGGAGCAAUGGCGGCCAGAGGGGCGCUCGGCUGCGUGUGGCGACGGUUGCUUGAGGUACCGAACAGUUCGGGUGUCAUUACUGUGAAGACAGAUGGUUUUCUUCUAAGAAAGAAUUUGAAACGGUUGCCGUUUUCAAGCGUGCACGUUGAUGUCGCCAAGGAUGUGGCUAAAGCUGUGAUUUCCAUUUCUGACGAACCGGACGCCCUGUACAAGAACCUGUCGGUUGUAGUGAAAGGCCACGAUAGGGCAGUAUUGGACAGUUAUGAGUAUUUUGCUGUGCUUGCUGCAAAUGAACUUGGACUCUCCAUCAAAAGAGUCUACGAGCCUCCAAGGAAAAUAGAACGGCUAACCCUUCUCAAAUCAGUACACAUCUUCAAGAAGCACAGAGUGCAGUACGAAAUGAGAACGCUCUACAGGUGCCUCGAGUUGCAGCAUCUAACUGGCAGCACAGCUAAUGUCUAUUUGGAAUACAUCCAACGAAAUUUACCUGAAGGGGUUGCCAUGGAAGUAACCAAGACCAGAUUAGAAAAACUACCAGAACAUAUCAAGACUCCCAUUUGGGACACGGAGCCACAGGAAGAAGAAAAGGCAAAACCUGAAGUGUGAAAACGUUCCCCCCAACUGUGUCUGGGUAAGCCUCAAAGAUGGGACCUUGCACCGAGAAGGCAAGACUCCAUCGCUGGAAAAAAUACAAGCGGAAAGAAAGAGAUCACCUCACUUACACCCUUUACAAUCUCAUAGCCUCACAGUUAAAAAAAAAACUUCAGCUGUUGGGAAUGAACAGUUGAUUUUAUACUUUA